AUGGCGGCCUGCAGGCAGUGCUGCUCGUACCUGCGGCUCCGGCCGCUGCGCUGCCGUUCCCUCGCUCCCCUCGGCCCCCUCGGCUGGCCGGGGCGGAGUCGGGCACUCACCUAUUUGCAGGUGCGAGCGCUGUGGAGCAGCACCGGGUCCCGAAGGGUGGCUGUGGACCUGGGCCACAGAAAAUUAGAAAUAUCCUCUGGAAAACUGGCAAGAUUUGCAGAUGGAUGUGCUGUGGUACAGUCAGGCGACACUGCAGUGAUGGUUACAGCGGUCAGUAAAACAAAACCCUCACCUUCCCAGUUCAUGCCCCUAGUGGUUGACUACAGACAGAAGGCUGCUGCAGCAGGUAGAAUCCCCACAAACUACCUUAGAAGGGAGAUUGGCUCUUCUGACAAAGAAAUUCUCACAAGUCGAAUAAUAGAUCGUUCAAUUCGACCUCUCUUUCCAGCGGGCUAUUUUUAUGAUACUCAGGUUAUUUGUAAUCUGCUAGCAGUAGAUGGUAUCCAUGAACCUGAUAUCCUAGCAAUUAAUGGUGCUUCUGCAGCCCUCUCCUUAUCAGACAUUCCUUGGAAUGGACCUAUUGGGGCAGUACGAGUAGGAAUGAUUGAUGGAGAAUGUGUUAUUAACCCAACAAGGAAAGAAAUGUCUUCUAGUACUUUAAAUUUAGUAGUUGCUGGAGCACCUAAAAGCCAAAUUGUUAUGUUGGAAGCCUCUGCAGAAAACAUUCUACAGCAGGACUUCUGUCAUGCUAUCAAAGUUGGAAUGAAGUAUACCCAGCAGAUAAUUCAGGGUAUCCAGCAGUUGGUAAAAGAAAUUGGUGCUGCUAAGAGGACACCCCAGAAGAUAUUCACCCCUUCACCAGAGAUUGUGAAAUACACUCAUAAAAUCACCAUGGAGAAACUCUAUGCAGUUUUUACAGAUUAUGAACAUGAUAAAAUUUCUAGAGAUGAAGCAGUUAACAAGAUAAGACUAGAUACAGAGGAACAACUAAAGGAAAAAUUUCCAGACGUCGACCAAUUUGAGAUAAUAGAAUCCUUCAAUGUUGUUGCAAAGGAGAUUUUCAGAAGUAUUAUUUUGAAUGAAUACAAAAGGUGUGACGGACGGGAUUUGACUUCACUGAGAAAUAUAAGCUGUGAGGUAGAUAUGUUUAAAACACUUCAUGGAUCAGCAGUAUUUCAGAGGGGACAGACACAGGUGUUCUGUACUGUUACAUUUGAUUCAUUAGAAUCCAGUAUUAAGUCAGAUCAAAUUCUGACGGCUAUAAAUGGGGUAAAAGAUAAAAAUUUCAUGCUGCACUAUGAGUUUCCUCCUUAUGCAACCAAUGAAACUGGCAAAGUUACUGGUAUGAAUAGACGAGAACUUGGGCAUGGUGCUCUUGCCGAAAAAGCUUUGUGUCCUGUUAUUCCCAAAGACUUUCCUUUUACCAUAAGAGUCACAUCCGAAGUCCUCGAGUCAAACGGGUCAUCUUCUAUGGCAUCUGCAUGUGGUGGAAGUUUGGCAUUAAUGGAUGCAGGGGUCCCAAUUUCAUCCGCUGUUGCCGGUGUAGCAGUGGGAUUGGUUACCAAAAACAAUCCAGAGAAAGGUGAAAUAGAAGAUUAUCGUUUGCUGACAGAUAUUCUGGGAAUUGAAGAUUACAAUGGUGACAUGGAUUUCAAAAUAGCCGGUACAAAUAAGGGAAUAACUGCAUUACAGGCUGAUAUUAAAUUGCCUGGAAUACCAAUUAAAAUUGUAAUGGAAGCCAUUCAGCAAGCAUCAGUGGCAAAGAAGGAGAUAUUACAGAUAAUGAGCAGAGCAAUUUCAAAACCUCGAGCAUCUAGAAAAGAAAGUGGACCAGUCGUAGAAACAGUUAAGGUUCCAUUAUCAAAACGAGCAAAAUUUGUUGGACCUGGUGGAUAUCACUUAAAAAAACUUCAGGCUGACACAGGUGUAACAAUUAGUCAAGUUGAUGAAGAAACCUUCUCUAUAUUUGCACCAACACCUAGUGCAAUGCAUGAAGCAAGAGACUUCAUUACCGAGAUUUGCAGAGAUGAUCAAGAGCAACAAUUAGAAUUUGGAGCAGUUUAUACCGCUACAAUAACUGAAAUCAGAGACACUGGAGUAAUGGUAAAACUGUACCCAAACAUGACUGCUGUGCUACUUCAUAACACACAGCUUGACCAACGGAAGAUUAAACAUCCCACUGCCCUAGGAUUAGAAGUUGGCCAAGAAAUUCAGGUCAAAUACUUUGGCCGUGAUCCAGCUGAUGGAAGAAUGAGGCUUUCUAGAAAAGUACUUCAGUCUCCAGCUAUAACUGCUGUCAAAACUCUAAAUGAUAGAAGCAGCAUUGUAAUGGGAGAGCCUAUUUCACAGUCAUCAUCAAACUCUUCCCCUUGACUCUUUUUGGAAAUGGUAGAUUUUUCUGUCCCACCAGCCAGCUCCAAAAUCAUGACAUGGAGACUUAUUAUUAAUCAUGAAAGCUCUGCCGAUAGCUUAGGUUUGUUUUCAGCUACCUCUUACAACUUAAAUUAACCUGUUUUUAUUAAUCUAUGUGGUACCUGAGGCUCAUUCACCUCGUCUAUAUACUGUCCGCCCUGCUUCCUCCAUGUCUCUCCACUCUGCCUUUCUUCUUCCCAGCAUCCUCUGUGCCUGGUAAUCCGCCUAGCUAUUGGCCAUUCAGCUCUUUAUUAAAUUAAUCCAAGUGACACAUCUUCACAAUGUACAAAAAGAUUAUCCCACAACACAUUUCAUGUGCCUUUUUUAUUUCAGGAGCAACCUACAUUUGCUUUUUUUUAUUUAGAUUAUAAAUCAGUAAAUAUUUAUUAAUGAAAGUAAGCUAUUUUUAUAUGUUAGGAGAGAUUACAUUUUGUCCUAUAAUUGUAAACUAAUGAAAAGAUCUUUUCCAAUCCCUCCCUUCUCUUCAUGUGUAGUAAUGGCCAUUCUCCCCUAGUCAUCUUGGGGCUCACAUGUGCCCAACAACUAUGCUUGCCUACUACUGUUCCACAUACUAGAACUUGCCAUGUUGAAAGCCAGAACUCUUUUUUUAGAGAAAUUAUACAUUUAAUUGGCAUUGAGAGAGCUAAUUUGAUUCCGUUUUUAAUGGUAUAUCUUUCAGUCAUAAAGCCAUAUAGUGGAAUGAGUCUUCUAAAUGGGAUUCUUGUUAGAGAUUUUUUUUUUUUCUUUUGGUUUUUGAGACAGGGUUUCCCUGUGUUAACAGCCCUAGGUGUUCUGGAAUUCGCUUUGUAGGCAGGAUUCAAACUCACAGAAAUCCACCUGCCUCUUCUAGGAUUCAAGGUGUGUGCCACUAUGACCAAUUGCUUUUUAAUUACCUAAAUAUAAAAGAUUAUGCAACCAUCAGAUAAUACUAGGUCAUUCUUUGUGUGUAUAUAAUUGGUGCUGUGUGGAUAUAUAUUCUUGGUGUAAGAGCUGGAGGAACCAAUCAGAUUAGUGAUAUAAUUUCUAGAAAUAACUGUCAAGUUCAUUGCCAUAAUUUUUUUUAUUUUUUUUUUAGAUAAGGUCCCACUAUGUAACCUUAGAUAUCCUAGAACUCAUUAGACAAGACUGGCCUGGGACUAAGAUCCACCUGUAUGACUGUCGAGUGCUGAAAUGAAAGGCAUGCACCACCAUACACUGCCCAUUGCUGUAAUUUAAACCAUGCUAUUAAUCCACCAAAAAAGUAAAUACUACAUAGUUUAGACUAUGUAAUCUAUUUACAAAUCUUAUAAAAAUAUGUGUGAAUUCUUACUCAGGACUAAUUCAUAAGAUAUUAAAUAUCUAUCGGUCCAAGCCAAAGACUUUUAAGGUAUAAUUAUACAUAAGUCAACAAACAUUAUUCUUUGUAAAAUGCCAUAUUAGGCAACAUUGAUACCCUUUCUGAAGUAGUGAACAUUAAGUGAAAAUUAAAAAUUAUAUUUGUUUAUGUA